CAGAAUGAGGAGGUUCACUUUAAUAACAGCAGUGGUUUUCUGCAGCCGCAGCUGGAUCUCAGCUUCUGAGUUUCAGACUGUGGAGGUCCAGCAUGGGGACGAGGUCAAACUGCAGUGUUCCAACAUUUCCGCCUAUCCAACGCAGACAGACUGGUUCAGAGUGGUCAAUAAAACUAAGCCCAGCUGUGUUUCUUCUAUGUAUGGAUCUGACAGCGAAGCGUCAUUCUGUCAUGGAUUUAGAAACAGAAAUUUUAAUAUGAGUUCCAACGUCUCUUUUGUCUUCCUUCAAAUCAAACGAGUGGAUUUAUCUGAUGCCGGGCUGUAUUUCUGUGGAUUGUACAUCAGUGGGCACACAGUCAUUUCCAAUGCAGUUGAGUUAAGAAUUGAGGGCAAUGAACCCAGAGAAGAGGAGGAUUUUAAUAAGACUGACCAAGAGCCCAGUGGAACGACAAACCUCAUAAUCAUCGCCCUUGGAGGUCUGACAGGUCUGCUCACUUUAGUCGUUGUUAUUCUGGUUCUAAAAAUCUGGAAAUCUCAAAAAGCUGCUGGAGAGCAAGAAGAAAAUAACAAGAACAUGACUUCAGACAAUCUGAACUACGCAGCUCUGAAUUUCCAGAAAAAGACCAAAAGAAGCUGCAGGCCUGUGACGCAGAGAGAGCAGGAGCCUCACGUUGUGUAUGCUGCUACAAGAUAGACUGAGGAAGCACCUGCAGCUCCAGCUCUGAACAGAAUAUACCUUAAUCUUGUUAAUUUUCAGAUGAUUUUUUUCUUUUUGUUUGUAUGUGUCGUGGUUCACAUAAAUGUCUUACAAAAUAACUAAAUAAAUGU